AAGAAAUUGGAAUCCGAAUGGGGCCACUUGCAAAAGACUCAUCGACCGCGAUGCCGACAUCAUACUUCACUUUCCGCCGAUCCAAAGUAAAAUAUCCCUCCGGCCAAAUUUGACCGUGGUUGAGUGUCGGUCACUUCGUCUAAACUCCACGUCUUCAUCGCCGCCGCUAAAAGUCAACAUAUAUUCUCAAACUCAACUCCAGAUCUAUUUCACUGUAAUGUGUAAUGUGUAAUUUGUGUAUCCGAGUUUGAAUUAGAGGCGAUGGAUUCGGUGUCGAUCCGUGUUCCUUACAAAAACCUCAAGCAUAAUGCCGAUGCGGAGGUUGAAAUGAUGAGUUUCCAGGAAGAAGCUGAUCCACGGAUCGAAUCCGAUAAUUCGAAUAGAUUUUCUAAUGGAAAUGGCUCCAAUUAUUCCUCUUCUUCACCUCAAGGAUUGCCGACGGAGAAUUGUAGCUUGAUUACGUUGAUUUUGAGCUGUACGGUGGCUGCCGGAGUUCAAUUUGGUUGGGCUUUGCAACUCUCGCUUCUUACGCCUUAUAUCCAGACACUUGGAAUAGGGCAUGCGUUCUCUUCAUUUAUCUGGCUUUGUGGGCCCAUUACAGGUCUUGUGGUUCAACCUUGUGUUGGUAUUUGGAGUGAUAGAUGCACUUCUAAAUAUGGGAGAAGAAGGCCAUUUAUCUUAGUUGGAUCUCUAAUGAUAUCAAUUGCUGUGAUAACUAUCGGGUUUUCUGCAGACAUUGGAUACUUGAUUGGAGAUACAAAGGAACAUUGCAGUGUGUAUAAAGGUACACGAACAAGAGCAGCUUUUGUUUUCAUCAUAGGUUUCUGGAUGCUGGAUCUUGCUAAUAACACCGUUCAGGGCCCUGCUCGAGCUCUCCUGGCUGAUUUAGCAGGCCCUGAUCAGAGGAACUCAGCAAAUGCUAUAUUUUGCUCAUGGAUGGCGAUUGGAAACAUCUUAGGGUUUCUAUCUGGUUCUAGUGGAAAUUGGCACAGGUGGUUUCCUUUCUUGAAAAGUAGAGCUUGUUGUGAGGCAUGUGGAAAUUUGAAGGCAGCUUUUUUAGUUGCAGUGAUUUUUCUUACAUUUUGCACACUGGUGACACUCUACUUUGCAAAAGAGAUCCCUUUAGCACCAAAACAGCAUAAAAAGUUAUCAGAUUCUGCUCCUCUUCUUAACAAUCAUCAGCAGACUGGGUCUGAAAAUUCAGAGUCAAAACCUCUGACAAAUUCGGUUGACCAUAAAGUUGCUAAAUCAUCUGAGGUUGAAGAAGAAGAAGAUCAAGUUGAAACUUUUAAUGAUAAUCCAGGGGCAGUUUUGGUCAACUUGUUGACCAGCUUACGCCAUUUACCAGUAGGGAUGCAUUCAGUGCUUAUUGUGAUGGCUCUCACAUGGUUGUCAUGGUUCCCUUUUUUUCUUUUUGAUACGGAUUGGAUGGGGAGAGAGGUUUAUCAUGGGGACCCAAAAGGGGAUGCUGCUAAAGUUCAAGCUUAUGAUGAAGGUGUUAGAGAAGGUGCUUUUGGUUUGCUAUUGAAUUCAGUGGUUCUUGGUAUCAGCUCUUUCCUGAUUGAGCCAAUGUGUAAGUGGAUGGGUUCAAGAUUAGUGUGGGCGUUGAGCAACUUUGUUGUGUUUGCCAGCAUGGCAGGGACAGCUGUCAUUACCUUAAUUUCUGUUAAACAAUCUCGAGGAAAUCAAGAAAUUGUUGGAGAAAACGAGGCAAUCAAGAAUGCAUCUUUGGUUAUUUUCGCCAUUCUUGGUCUUCCCCUUGCUAUCACUUACAGUGUUCCCUUCUCUGUCACCGCAGAAUUGACUGCUGAUACAGGUGGCGGCCAAGGAUUGGCAAUUGGAGUUCUAAAUCUUGCAAUCGUUAUACCUCAGAUGGUGGUGUCACUUGGUGCGGGCCCAUGGGAUGCGUUAUUUGGUGGAGGGAAUGUUCCAGCAUUUGUUCUUGCUUCUGUAAGUGCCCUUGCUGCUGGUGUAUUUGCGUGGCUAAAGCUUCCAACUCUCUCAACCAACUCUUACAAGCCAACAGAUUUGUAUUUUAUGGAAUUUCACGUGGUCCCCACUCCGGGCCAUAAAUCGCACCCAAAGUCCCAAACUAAUCCAUUUCAGUUUUCCCAGCUUAAUUGGCGUAGAACUUGCCACGUGGCUUCUUCACACCAUCAUUCCACUUCAAACUCUUCAAAACUGAUCACCAUUCAAUCCUUAAAGGAUAAAACCACCACAUCCAUCAUGGCAACGGCCGCCACUGCUACGACCACGACCACCACCCGCCUCCUAUCACCGACCACCACCUCCAUCGCCCAUCAAACCCUCCGUUCCACCUUAUCCUCCUUCACAAAACCCGCAUCCCUUAAAACUCUCAGACUAUCCACCAAACUCCACGUUUCUUCCCCUACCGACAAACCCAUCUCCACCACCACCACCACCAAACCCACCCAAGAAACCAUCUUUUUCGACGGCGGAGCACACUACGGUGACCUCGUAGCAAAUCUCCUCCUGGGUUUCACUCUCGUUUGGCUGCCACUCACUCUAGCCGCAGUUCUCAGAGGGUUUUUCUUGCGAUACAGAUUCACAAACUUACGGGUCACCGUGAUAUCCGGGUUAACGGGUCAGGACAGGAGUGAUUUUUCAUAUAAAGUCGUCAAAGAUGUUCAAGUUGUACCAAGGUUUAUUGGUGAAUGGGGUGAUGUGAUCAUCACUUUAAAAGAUGGAACUAAGGUUGAUUUAAGAAGUGUCCCCAAAUUUAGAGAAAUUGCCAAGUAUUGUUUAUCAAUGGUUGAGAAAAAAGGUGCUGAUGAAUUGGAAGAGAGCGGUGGGGCUAAAGGGUUUUGA